CCUCAGGGAGAAGAGUCCAAUCUUUUCAGAGGUUCCCAUCUUCAUCUUUCUCCCCUCGCUCCGUCAAGAAACCUUCGAAUUCCCUGCGAUGGAUCGAGCCUCAUGGCGUGCCCAGAUCCUCAAGAACCACCUGACCCAACAACACCCAUCUCCUCCCCAGACCCCGCCCCUUUCCUGGACCCCGUGCCUCGGCUACUCCCCGCCGGAGCUCGCCGAGCCGACCCGCUUCGACACCGACGCGAUGCGGGCGCUCCUGGACGGCCACAACCUGCGGGAGCGGGACUGGCUGUUCGGGCUCAUGUCCCAGAGCAGGCUCUUCAACCCCAGGAAGCUGGGCGGCCGGGUCUUCGUCUCGCCGGACUACAACCAGUCGAUGGAGCAGCAGCGGGAGAUGACGAUGAGGAGGAUCGAGUUCCUGCUCGAGACGGGCGUCUUCGAGGGGUGGCUCACGGGGAAGACCGUGGAGGACGAGCUGCGGAAGUUCGCGCUGAACGAGGUGGUCGGGAUAUUCGAUCACUCGCUGGCGAUCAAGCUCGGGGUUCACUUCUUCUUGUGGGGUGGUGCUAUUCAAUUUUUCGGCACAGAGCGGCACCACGUGAAGUGGUUGAGAGACACCGAGAAUUAUGUGGUCAAGGGUUGCUUUGCGAUGACUGAAUUGGGGCAUGGGAGUAAUGUUCGAGGCAUCGAAACAGUUACAACAUAUGAUCCAAGGGCCAGGGAGUUUAUUAUUAACACUCCAUGUGAGUCAGCACAGAAAUAUUGGAUUGGAGGAGCAGCAAAUCAUGCAACGCACACAGUGGCUUUUUCCCAGCUCCAUAUCAAUGGGAUCAAUCAAGGGGUCCAUGCAUUUAUAGUACAGAUAAGAGAUGCAGAUGGCAACAUCUGUCCUAACAUACGUAUAGCCGAUUGUGGGCAUAAAAUUGGUCUGAAUGGUGUUGACAAUGGUCGGAUAUGGUUUGAUAACGUGCGGAUACCAUGGGAGAACUUGUUGAAUUCAGUGGCUGAUGUUUCACCAGAUGGGAAAUAUCUUAGUGCUAUAAAAGACCCUGAUCAAAGAUUUGCAGCAUUCUUGGCCCCUUUAACAGCUGGACGUGUAAAUAUUGCAGUCAGUGCAAUUUACUCUGCCAAGAUUGGUUUGACAAUUGCCAUAAGGUAUGCAUUGUCAAGGCGAGCAUUUUCAAUUGCACCCAACCAGCCUGAAGUACUAUUGCUUGACUACCCAAGUCAUCAACGGAGACUCUUACCUCUCCUUGCAAAGACAUAUGCAAUGAGUUUCUCUGCUAACCACUUGAAGAUGAUUUACAUGAAGCGGACACCUGAAUUAAACAAAACCAUUCACAUUCUCUCUAGCGCGUUUAAGGCUUCAUUUACCUGGCAUAACAUGCGGACUCUUCAGGAAUGUCGUGAAGCUUGUGGAGGACAAGGCCUCAAGACUGAAAAUCGUGUUGGCCAUUUGAAAAGUGAAAAAGACGUGCAGUCCACAUUUGAAGGGGACAACAAUGUUUUGAUGCAACAGAUAAGCAAGACACUCUUUGCUGAAUAUCUAGCGGCUCGAAAGAGAAAUAAGCCAUUUAAAGGGUUGGGAUUGGAACACAUGAAUGGACCAUGCCCUGUGAUACCACAGCAGCUCCCCAGUACUGUGCUUAGAAGUGGCCACUUCCAGGUUGAUGCCUUCCAUGCGAGGGAGAGAGAUUUAUUGAAACGUUUUGCUGAGGAGAUAUUGCAACGUCAAGCACAAGGAGAAAUGAAAGAGCAUGCAUUACUUUCAAGUUACCAGCUUGCAGAAGACUUGGGUCGAGCUUUUUCAGAACGAUGUGUACUGCAAAAUUUCCUAGUAGUUGAAGAAAAAUCACCAGCUGGUUCAUUGAAGGACAUGCUGGCUCUGCUGAGAUCCAUGUAUGCCUUGACCUGCAUGGAAGAGGACGCUUCAUUCUUACGGUACGGCUACUUAUCGACCGAGAAUGCCGCUGCUGUACGGAAGGAAGUGGCGAAGCUCUGCAGCGAGUUGAGACCACACGCACUCGCUUUGGUCAGUUCCUUCGGCAUUCCUGAUGCUUUUCUGAGCCCUAUAGCUUUUAACUGGGUCGACGCGAAUUCCUGGUCUUCAGUUCAACACUAGCUUGAUUGACACCGCCAGUACCUCGUUGAUGGGAAAUAAUUCGAUGCAUUGGUAGCUAUUUAUUUUGUAUCCAAUAAAUCCUUGGAAGGAAAUGUAGAUUGUGCAGUAGAGGUUUCUGCUUGUCUUUCCUGCCGAACACAUCAUGUACUUCACAUCUUGUUUAUUUCUCUGGUUUCUUGUACUUGGUUCAAGGACCUUCCUCAUAGGAAAGUAUACACUUGGUCUUGGAAUUUUUUUCCUUGUAGUGUGGAUUUGAUAUGGCCAAGAAAUGAUCAAUAAUGGAAAAAAGUGGCUUGUAAUAUUGGAGAAUAAGGAUUUUCUGCUGAACUCUGAAAGCUUUCAUUUAACAUA